CCCGCCCCUCCUGAACCCGGAAAGGCCCGAGUCGCCUCCCGGCCGCGCAGGGGGCCCGGACUCCGACCCCUGGGGCCUCGCGCGCCGGGGCAGCUGCGGGGGCGGCUGCGGGGGCUACGGCCACGCCUUCCUCCUGCACCACCUGCGACUGGGAGCUCCGUCCGGUCCCCGCGGCCCGCGGCACAGACGCCCUGGGGGCAGGCGGGUGACACUGCUGGGGGCUGCCGAGGUAAUCAUGGCACAUAAAAGACAUAGGGAAAAACGAGUUUUGGAUCCUUGGUCAAAUGAAGAAGUAACGAAAAAUGAACUAAGAAAGAGACUAACUGACAGAUUCACAAAGGAAAAUAUUCAACUAAAGGAGGAGAUCCAAAGGCUCGAAGCUGAGUUACAAGAGGCCACUAGAAACUCCCAGAUUAAAGAGGAUAUUCCUGAAACAAAGGUGAAGUUCACAUCUUUAGAGAACCCUGAGACUGACAGCCAGUUUUUAAACAUCUCCUGUUCAUUUCAAGUGAGCUCGCCAAUUUUUUAUGAGCUACAGAAAGGGCAAGCUCUUAUCACCUUUGAAAGAGAAGAAGUUGCCCAAAAUGUCAUCAGGAUGGGGAAACAUCGUAUACAUAUAGAAGAUGUAGAUGUGGAGGUUGUGGCCAAGCCAGUUCCAUUAAAUUCAGGAGUCAGAUUCCAGGUCCAUGAAGAAGUGUCUAAGGUGAAGAUCAAUGUUAGUGAAAUUCCCGACGCACUGCCUGAGGACCAGAUGAGAGACAAGCUGGAACUGAGCUUCUCUAAGUCCCGGAACGGAGGUGGAGAAGUGCUGUGUGUGCAGUACCAUAGGCCAUCCCACAGCGCCGUGGUCACCUUUAUGGAGGCUGGAGUUGCUGACAAGAUUUUGAAAAAGAAAGACUAUCCGCUUUAUAUAAAUGAAAACUGCUACAACGUCAUUGUUUCUCCAUACACAGAAACACAUUUGAAACAGUUUCAGAUGUUUUCGGGAAUAUCGGAAAGGACGGUGCUUCUGACUGGGAUGGAAGAUCUUCAGAUGAUGGAUGAAGAAAUUUUGCAGGAUUUAGUUAACAUUCACUUUCAGCGGGAGAAGAACGGAGGUGGAGAAGUAGAAGUGGUCAAAUGUGCUCUAGACCAACCUUGCAUAGCGUACUUUGAAGAAUAGAGGCUGGUAGAGCCUCUGAGCCCAAAUCACCGUCAAUAUGUGACAAAAUAAAUAUCCUUUUCCUUUAAGGAUAUUAAGACCUGAAUUCUUUAGUGCCCAUUUAUUCUUAUAUACAAAAUAUAUUUCCGUGUUUUUGAAUUCCUCUUUGUUUCAAACUCUGGGGCAUGUUCACAAUACGUACUAUGUGCACUGUAUUAAAAACAGUUCUGUUUAUUCAUAA